AUGUCAUGGAUUUUCAAAACUAUUCUGAGGCAUAGAGACAUCAUGACAGACAUGGGAGAUUGGAACGAUAUGAAGGUGAAAUACUCUGUCGGCAAAGUCUAUCAAUACCUCAAAAUGGAUGAACAUGAUGUUAGAUGGAACCACAUGUUAUCAAAUUCUAUUGCUAGACCGAAAGCACUUUUUACUCUUUGGAUGGCGUGCCACCGUAGACUUGCGACAAAGAUGUGGCUCAAAAAGUUUGGAAUUACUACGGAUGACAGAUGUAAAUUCUGCAACAAAGAAGAAACGAUUGACCAUCUGUUUUUUCAAUGCCCCCCGUUUCAAAGCUGCUGGCAGGAAAUUCUGGGGUGGAUGAGAGUUCAACACACCCCUUGCGAUUGGCAUGAAGAGCUGAACUGGAUUAUGACUCAGUGCAAGGGUAAGGGCUGGAGGAAGUGCCUCCUGCGUAGUUCUAUAGCGGAGACUAUCUACGAAGUCUGGAAGUACCGUAACAACGCCGUCUUUGGCAAUACUGUGCAUACCAUGGAGAUUAGAGAUGUAGUUAUCUCUAUCCUUGUUAACAGAGGGUGGGUUAAUACUAGUUUGAGACGUCAUAUAGCUAACCUUCUUAUAGAUUAA